UCAGGUGCCCUUUACGGGGGAAAAAUUGGAUUCUCUUUCUUCCCUGCAAUUUUGACCCGACCCGACCCGACCCGUCUGAGACUCACCCGAAUAUGGCGGAUAUUGAAACCCUAGGCAUUGUUGAUGAGAUUCAAGCUCUCGUAUCAGACAAACUUCAAGUGGUUUCAUACAAGUGGCUGAGUCGAAAUUUUUUGGUGUCAUCAGAUUCUGCAAAGAGGCUGCUUCAGGAAUUUGUUGAAAAGCAUGGGGAUGGUCUUGAGGUGGUCUAUAGCUUGUCUGGCUGGAUGAGAGAUAGCCCUUCAACCUACCAUAUAAGACUUGUCUCUACUCCUAAACUCGCAGAAGCCAAGAAAGAAUUUUCAGAAGAUUGCUCAGUCCAGGUAUAUAGCGUGCAAGCUUGCAUCCCAAAGGAUCCAGUGGCCCUCUGGAAUGCUGAAUUUGUCCAGGCCGAAGAGCUCUUUGGGCAGCCCCGCUCAGUUGAUAAUUGUUUGCUUGAUAAUAGGUUUUGUGGAGUUUCAAAUCCGUUCGUCAAGCGUAACGGUGGAGGAACAAUUCUAAGCACUAGUACUGUUCCUCAGGUGAAAAGUGAAGCAUUAGGACUUAGUAAAAGUAACUCUACUGCUCAAGUGAAACCUGAGCAGAAAAAGGUUCAACUACCAAGCCCUAGUGCCAGUGAGAGUCGUGGCACAUCAGGUCCUGGAGAGGAUAAGAAGAUUGUUGCAGAUAAACACAAAGUUGCUCAACUUCCGGCUGCUAAGAAGGCAGUUCAGUCUGACAAAAGUUCUGCUAAAAAUGGAGGGGCAUUGGCUAAUAUGUGGGGUCGUGUACCUACAAAGCCAAAAGUCGAUAAUGUUCCAGCUGCUACCAGUGAUGCCACACCAAAUCCUGUUGGUAGUGCGGCUCAAGUAUGUGCUCCAGAAAGAGCAGAAGAUAGGAUCAGUGAUGAUGACGAACAACAAGUCAACAUCAGGAGAUCAUCAAAUGGUGAGGGGAAUAGAAAGAGGAGGGUAAUUUUCGAUUAUUCGGAUGAAGAAGAUGAACUUGAGGACGCUGUCAACCUAGCAUCACCUGAUCCUCCAAAGCAGAAAUCUAUUUUAGGAUCAAAACAAAUUCCUAAUACUCCAGAACUGGAAAAGCAGGAAGUCAAGAAGGAAAAGGAGGAAGUCAAGAAGGAAAAGGAGGCAGGAAGCAAGAGUCAUGAACAAGAAAGAGAACCUUUACCUACCAGCGAACCGAAGAAGUCUAAGUCGUACUCUUCAGAGAUUGUCUCUGAACAUGCCAGUCAUAAGAAAGCAGAUGUAAAGGAUGAAGUGGCUGAUGCUGCUCCAAUUUCCCCUAAAAGGAGAAAAGUAAUGAAGACACGAAUUGAUGAACGUGGAAGAGAAGUGACCGAGGUUGUUUGGGAGGGUGAAGAUACAGAAACAAAGGCUGGCAGUAAUACAAACAACAAUGAUACAACGAAGAAAGCUGACAACAAAUCAGUUAAUAGUACUGGUGACAGACCACCUAUGGCUAAGAAGUCACCGGCGUUUGGAAGUACUGCACCUACAAAUCAAGCCGGUAAAGCAGGAAACAAGAAAGCAGGAAAUAAGGAUCCUAAGCAAGGGAAUAUCAUGUCAUUCUUUAAGAAGAAGGCUUAGAGAUGUGAUUUUUAAAAGUUACCAGUUUAGGUUAGCCAAUGCCUUGACCUUUAGACUGAUUCGCGUAUGCAUGGUUUUGUUCGGGUACAGUUUGGAUCAUUUUCUUGUAAGCGUAGAGUGUUUCUGCAUGAUUUGUGACUCUCCACUGUUUGUAAAGUUGCAGAUUUUUCUUAAUGUGAUACAAAUUGAUAA